GCCUGCGCCUGACCCGGGCGCAGCCUAAGCCCGAGAUAAGCGCGCAGCGACCCCAGACCCUCGCCUCAGGGCAGCGCGGGGGCUCCUUUAAGAGGCGAAGCCAGAGGCGAAACGGAGCGAAGGCGGGAGGGGGAGCAGUGACGUCAUCCGACCCCGCCCCCUCGCCCGACCGUCGCAGCCGCCAUGUUUAGUUGUUACUUCUUCACACAAGAUGGCGGCUCCCAGGGAGGAGGCAUGAGCACCCUGCCGUUACCGCUCCUCAUGCCGUACAGUUGUCACUUCAGGGCCUAACUCUGGCUUUUGAAGCGGCUCCUGUGGGAAGGAGUCAUAAGGUGGGAAUCGAGGAUCGGACGCUGCCUUGCGUUUUGUUUGCAGUGGAAGAACUGACCCAGGAAGAAGAGAAUAGGGGAGAAGGGGGAGCUAAUCUCAAGAUGGCGGCUCCCAGGGCGGCAGGCGCAGCCUGAGCAGCUGAGGCGAACUGAGGAGAGAGGUUCAAGACCUCACAAGCCGUACGGCGCAAGCCUCUGAGCAGUCCCCGAGAAUUCGAGCUUGCUCCACUGGCCUCCGGCGCGCCUCUAUUCCUUACGAGUGUCGAGACUGUUUCGGGAGCGGCGGCUGCACUAAGCGCUGGGCGGGGAAACGGGACGGUCUCAAGAUGGCGGCUCCCACAAUUGUGGUCUGAGCACCGGCGGGACUGGGACAACCGCGGCGCUUGUGGCUCCUAUCCACCCGCCCCGGAAGCCGGCCAGUGCGGGGGACUUGGGGGGUGUGGGAACCGGGCCGGGGCUCCGCCAUUUCCGGCGGGUGUGGGCUACGACUGAGGAAGGGAGGAGAGAGAGGCGGCUCAAGAUGGCGGCUCCCAGGUCCUCCCGCCCGAGCUUAUAAGCAGGAGCUCCCGGGCAAGUAGUCAGAGCGGCUGGACUCGUAUGCCUCAAGCUUCUCGGGCCUAGCCGCUCUACUGUUUCGGGACGCUCUUUAAGAGUCGGGGUGAAAGAGAAGAAGGAAAAGAGCCGAAGGGAAGGAGGAUAGUUAAGAUGGCGGCCUCCAUGGAGCCGUCCACCGCUGUGUGAGGAACUGCUUUUCCGUGAGAGCUGCCUUAGACGAAAGGGGGUGUGUGGGAGGUAUUGGGGGGCUCCUUUCCCGCUCUUUGACUUUUCCCCAUCGCGCCCUUUCCCGGAAUUAUGGCUUCGGCCGUGUCGCCCGCCAACUCUGCAGCGGUGCUCCUGCAGCCCCGCUGGAAGCGAGUGGUAGGCUGGUCGGGUCCAGUGCCCCGACCCCGUCACGGCCACCGCGCCGUGGCCAUCAAGGAGCUCAUCGUGGUGUUCGGCGGUGGCAACGAGGGGAUAGUGGAUGAACUGCACGUGUACAACACGGCAACCAACCAGUGGUUCAUCCCAGCUGUGAGAGGGGACAUCCCCCCUGGGUGUGCAGCCUAUGGCUUUGUGUGUGACGGGACUCGCCUGCUGGUGUUUGGUGGAAUGGUAGAGUAUGGGAAGUACAGCAAUGACCUCUACGAGCUCCAGGCAAGUCGGUGGGAGUGGAAGAGACUCAAAGCAAAGACACCCAAAAACGGGCCCCCUCCGUGUCCUCGGCUUGGGCACAGCUUCUCUCUUGUGGGCAACAAAUGCUACCUGUUUGGGGGUUUGGCCAACGAUAGCGAGGACCCCAAGAACAACAUUCCGAGGUACCUGAAUGACUUAUACAUCCUGGAAUUACGGCCAGGCUCCGGAGUGGUGGCCUGGGACAUCCCCAUCACUUAUGGCGUCCUGCCCCCACCGCGGGAGUCGCACACUGCUGUGGUCUACACUGAGAAAGACAACAAGAAGUCCAAGCUGGUGAUCUACGGAGGGAUGAGCGGCUGCCGCCUGGGGGACCUCUGGACCCUAGAUAUUGAGACUCUGACGUGGAAUAAGCCCAGUCUCAGCGGAGUGGCACCUCUUCCUCGAAGUCUCCACUCGGCCACAACCAUAGGCAACAAAAUGUACGUGUUUGGUGGCUGGGUGCCUCUCGUCAUGGAUGACGUCAAAGUGGCCACACACGAGAAGGAGUGGAAGUGCACCAAUACACUGGCUUGUCUCAACCUGGAUACCAUGGCCUGGGAGACCAUCCUGAUGGACACACUGGAGGACAAUAUUCCCCGAGCCCGAGCUGGCCACUGUGCCGUGGCCAUCAACACCCGCCUGUACAUAUGGAGUGGGCGUGAUGGCUACCGAAAGGCCUGGAACAACCAGGUCUGCUGCAAGGACCUCUGGUACCUGGAAACAGAAAAGCCACCGCCUCCAGCCCGGGUACAGCUGGUACGCGCCAACACCAACUCCCUGGAGGUGAGCUGGGGGGCAGUGGCAACCGCCGACAGUUACCUUCUACAGCUCCAGAAAUAUGACAUUCCUGCCACGGCUGCAACUGCCACCUCCCCCACACCCAAUCCAGUCCCGUCCGUGCCUGCCAACCCCCCCAAGAGCCCUGCCCCCGCAGCAGCCGCACCUGCUGUGCAGCCGCUGACCCAAGUAGGCAUCACACUCCUGCCCCAGGCUGCCGCCGCGCCCCCUACCACCACCACCAUCCAGGUGUUGCCACCAGUGCCAGGAAGCUCGAUUUCCGUGCCCGCUGCAGCCAGGACACAAGGUGUCCCUGCUGUUCUCAAAGUGACUGGUCCUCAAGCUACAACGGGAACCCCCUUGGUCACCAUGCGACCCGCUAGCCAAGCCGGGAAAGCCCCUGUCACUGUGACCUCCCUUCCUGCAGGCGUGCGAAUGGUUGUGCCAUCCCAGAGCGCUCAGGGGACGGUGAUCGGCAGCAACCCACAGAUGAGUGGCAUGGCUGCGUUGGCCGCUGCAGCCGCCGCCACCCAGAAGAUCCCUCCUUCCUCGGCGCCCACGGUGCUGAGUGUCCCAGCAGGCACCACCAUCGUCAAGACCGUGGCCGUGACACCUGGUACUACCACCCUCCCGGCCACUGUCAAGGUGGCUUCCUCGCCAGUCAUGGUGAGCAACCCAGCCACUCGGAUGCUGAAGACUGCAGCUGCCCAGGUGGGGACAUCGGUCUCCUCCGCUGCCAACACAUCCACUCGCCCCAUCAUCACGGUGCACAAGUCCGGGACUGUGACUGUGGCCCAGCAAGCCCAGGUGGUGACUACAGUUGUGGGCGGGGUCACCAAGACCAUCACCCUGGUGAAGAGCCCCAUCUCUGUCCCAGGAGGCAGUGCUCUGAUUUCCAAUCUGGGCAAAGUGAUGUCAGUGGUCCAGACUAAACCAGUUCAGACUUCCGCAGUUACAGGCCAGGCGUCUACGGGCCCAGUGACUCAGAUCAUCCAGACCAAAGGGCCCCUGCCAGCCGGGACCAUCCUGAAGCUGGUGACCUCAGCAGAUGGCAAGCCCACCACCAUCAUCACUACCACACAGGCCAGCGGGGCUGGGAGUAAGCCCACCAUCCUGGGCAUCAGCAGCGUGUCGCCCAGCACCACCAAGCCUGGCACGACCACUAUCAUCAAGACCAUCCCCAUGUCGGCCAUUAUCACCCAGGCGGGCGCUACAGGUGUGACAAGCAGUCCUGGCAUCAAGUCCCCCAUCACCAUUAUCACCACCAAGGUUAUGACUUCAGGAACUGGAACACCUGCGAAAAUCAUCACUGCUGUCCCCAAAAUUGCCACUGGCCACGGGCAGCAAGGAGUGACUCAGGUGGUGCUAAAGGGGGCCGCUGGACAGCCAGGCACCAUUCUUCGCACCAUGCCCAUGGGCGUCCGCCUGGUCACCCCUGUCACUGUCUCUGCCGUCAAGCCGGCAGUCACCACACUGGUUGUGAAGGGCACCACAGGCGUCACAACUUUAGGCACAAUGACUGGCACCGUUUCCACCAGCCUCGCGGGAGCUGGGGGCCACAGUACCAGUGCCUCCCUGGCCACACCCAUCACCACCUUGGGCACCAUUGCCACCCUCUCAAGCCAAGUGAUCAAUCCCACUGCCAUCACUGUGUCUGCUGCUCAGACCACGCUGACGGGGGCCGGAAGUCUUACCACACCCACCAUCACCANNNAGCCUGUCUCCCAGCCUACUCAGGUGACUCUGAUCACGGCACCCAGCGGGGUUGAGGCCCAGCCUGUGCACGACCUCCCUGUGUCCAUUCUGGCCUCGCCUACUACAGAGCAGCCCACAGCCACCGUCACCAUCCCCGAUUCUGGCCAGGGUGAUGUGCAGCCUGGCACCGUGACGCUGGUGUGCUCCAACCCGCCCUGCGAGACCCACGAGACAGGCACCACCAACACCGCCACCACCACUGUUGUUGCUAACAUGGGAGGGCACCCCCAGCCGAACCAAGUGCAGUUCGUCUGUGACAGGCCUGAUGCAGCUGCUUCUCUCGUGACCUCGACCGUGGGGCAGCAGAACGGCAACGUGGUUCGCGUCUGCUCCAACCCACCCUGUGAGACCCACGAGACGGGCACCACCAACACGGCCACCACUGCCACCUCCAACAUGGCUGGGCAGCUUGGCUGCUCCAACCCGCCCUGCGAGACCCACGAGACGGGCACCACCAGCACCGCCACCACUGCCAUGUCGAGCAUUGGUGCCGGCCAGCAGCAAGGCACCCGGCAUGCCUGCGUGGCCACCACCAUCCCUGUGGUCCGGAUCAGUGUGCCCACCGGGACACUGGAGGGAGCCCAGGGUUUCAAGUCUUCAUGCCAAACUCGCCAGACCAGCGCGACGAGCACCACCAUGACUGUGAUGGCUACCGGGACCUCGCGCUCAGACAGCCCGCUCCUUGCGCCAAGCCGGGCCCUGGAGGCUGCAGGCCACAGCCCUGCUUUUGUGCAGUUGGCCUCUACGACUGGCCAAGUCAGGCUGGGCCCCAGCAGCAAGGACAGCCCUGUCACCGACCUAGGUCAGUUGGUAUCCAUGGGGCGCCAGCCGGAGGCACAGCACACCCACACAACCAACACCCCCACCACAGCCCGCUCCAGCAUGGGUGCUGGGGAGUCUGGCGAGCUGCAGGGGAUCCCCACGCCUGCAUACGAGAGCUCAUCUAGUGCCGCUGUGACUGUGACAGGCCUGGAGGCACUGCUGUGCUCCUCGGCCACCGUGACCCAGGUCUGCUCCAAUCCACCAUGUGAGACCCACGAGACGGGUACCACCAACACGGCCACUACCUCGAAUGCAGGCAAUGCCCAGCGGGUCUGCUCCAACCCACCAUGCGAGACCCACGAGACAGGCACAACCCAUACACCCACCACCGCCACCUCCGGUGGGGGUGCAAGCCAGCCCGAGGGGGGGCAGCAGCCCCCUGCCAGCCGCCCCUGUGAGACGCACCAGACCACUUCCACCGGCACCACCAUGUCAGUCAGCGUAGGUGCCCUGCUCCCGGACAGCACCCCGCCCCUCAGGACCCUGGAGUCCGGGUUGGAGGGGGCAGCACCGCCCACCAGUGCUUCCCAGGCCAGCACUUCGCUGCUGACCCCUUUCCCAACACAGAGGGUGUGCUCCAAUCCCCCCUGUGAGACUCACGAGACAGGCACCACGCACACGGCCACCACUGUCACCUCCAACAUGAGCUCAAACCAAGAUCCGCCACCAGCUGCCAGUGACCAAGGAGAGGUGGAGAGCACCCAGGGCGACAGUGUGAACAUCACCAGCUCCAGUGCCAUCACAACGACUGUGUCCUCCACGCUGACGCGGGCUGUGACCACCGUGACACAGUCCACGCCAGUCCCCGGCCCCUCUGUGCCGCCCCCAGAGGAGCUCCAGGCCUCCCCCGGGCCUCGCCAGCAGCUGCCGCCACAGCAACUCCUGCAGCCUGCCUCCACCCCCCUGAUGGGGGAGUCCACCGAGGUCCUGUCAGCUUCACAGACCUCUGAGCUCCAGGCCGCUGUGGAUCUGAGCAGUACAGGGGACCCCGCUUCGGGCCAGGAGUCUGCCAACUCCGCCAUGGUGGCCACUGUGGUGGUCCAGCCACCUGCGCCCACCCAGUCGGAAGUAGACCAGUUGUCACUUCCCCAAGAGCUGAUGGCUGAGGCCCAGGCAGGCACUACCACCCUCAUGGUCACAGGGCUCACCCCUGAGGAGUUGGCGGUGACUGCUGCUGCCGAAGCAGCUGCCCAGGCUGCGGCCACAGAGGAAGCCCAGGCCCUGGCCAUCCAGGCGGUGUUGCAGGCUGCGCAACAGGCUGUCAUGGGCACUGGGGAGGCCAUGGACACGUCCGAGGGGGCAGGAGCUGUGACACAGGCAGAGCUGAGCCACCUGUCAGCUGAAGGCCAGGAGGGCCAGGCCACCACCAUCCCCAUUGUGCUGACGCAGCAAGAACUGGCCGCCCUGGUGCAGCAACAGCAGCAGCUGCAAGAGGCCCAGGCCCAGCAGCAGCACCACCACCUGCCCACGGAGGCCCUGGCCCCUGCCGACAGCCUCAAUGACCCAACCAUCGAGGGCAACUGCCUCAGUGAGCUGGCUGGGGCUGUGCCCAGCACCGUGGCCCUGCUGCCCUCCACAGCCACUGAGAGCCUGGCUCCUUCCAACACGUUUGUGGCCCCCCAGCCCGUCGUGGGAUCCAGUCCCGCUAAGCUACAGGCUGCUGCUACCCUGACUGAGGUGGCCAAUGGCAUUGAGUCCCUGGGUGUGAAGCCAGAGCUGCCACCCCCGCCCAGCAAAGCCCCCGUGAAGAAAGAGAACCAGUGGUUUGAUGUGGGGGUUAUUAAGGGCACUAAUGUCAUGGUGACACACUAUUUCCUGCCACCAGAUGAUGCUGCCCCAUCUGAUGACGACUCGGGCACUCUGCCAGACUAUAACCAACUGAAGAAGCAUGAACUGCAGCCAGGCACGGCCUACAAGUUUCGUGUCGCUGGGAUCAACGCCUGUGGCCGGGGGCCCUUCAGCGAGAUUUCAGCCUUUAAGACGUGUCUGCCUGGUUUCCCAGGGGCCCCCUGUGCCAUUAAAAUCAGCAAAAGCCCAGAUGGUGCUCACCUCACCUGGGAGCCACCCUCUGUGACCUCCGGCAAGAUCGUUGAGUACUCGGUGUACCUGGCUAUCCAGAGCUCACAGGCCAGUGGUGAGACCAAGAGCUCCACCCCCGCCCAGCUGGCCUUCAUGCGCGUGUACUGCGGGCCCAGCCCCUCCUGCCUCGUGCAAUCGUCCAGCCUCUCCAACGCCCACAUUGACUACACCACCAAGCCCGCCAUCAUCUUCCGCAUCGCUGCCCGCAACGAGAAGGGCUACGGCCCAGCCACCCAAGUGAGGUGGUUGCAAGAAACCAGUAAAGACAGCCCUGGCACCAAGCCAGCCAGCAAGCGGCCCAUGUCCUCUCCGGAAAUGAAAACCGCUCCAAAGAAAUCUAAGGCAGAUGGCCAGUGAGAGGCAGCUGGCUCACACCUGGAUUCCUCUCCUGACCCCCCCCUCUGCUUCAGGAACACCACCCACCAGGGCCUUCCCGGGCCAUCCCAUCCCCGAGCGCUCACACUUUACCCUCCCAAGCUACUGGCCACCAUUCAUUCUCUCUCCUUUUCUCUGUUUUGAAAAUAAUCUCAAGAAAGCACAUUUUACCGUUGCUGUUGGGAGGAAGCAGAGGCAGGUCUGGAAGAACAGUGAGCACGUGAAAGCGCAGUGCACUUGCUCCUCUCCAGGCCUUCCAUGGGGGCUGAGAGCCCCCGAGGCCAGAGACCCCGAGGGAGGGAAACAAACUUUAAAGCAAAGAAGCGAAAGCAGUGGAGGCCUGCACCCCAACCUGGGAGCCUCUUGCUUGUGAUCACCCUUGGCUGGAGAAGGCAGCCAAGGGGCAGUGGACGUGAAGCCAGGGAAUGACACCCCUCAGCCCCCCUACCCUGCCUCUGCUCCAAGAAGCAAGAGAGGCUUUGCGGGGGCACCCUGAGCUGGGUGUGUGUGUGUAUGAUUUAUUUUAUUUUGUUCCCUUUGCAUUUCCCGCCACCUAAUAGCCCACCCUUGACUUACCCAGCCCAUCUCUGCCCGUGAUCCCACGGGAAGCUUACACAUUUUCUCAGAGGCCUUUUUAUCUUCCCCACUUCCUCCCCUUCCCUCUUCCCAUUUAAGAGA